AUGAUUUGUUAUAAGAUAUUUAUUAGCACUAUUAUUUUUUUAAUUGGUAUUGUAAAUCUUAAUCAUCCAAAUGCAGCUGAACACUUACCUAAAAGUAAAAAUAUUUCUAAAAUAAGGCAAAUAAGAUCAGAUAAUUCUUUUGAUCCUUUAAAUGCUCAUGGUGGUAUUUUUCGUAAACUUUCUUUAAGUUCAGAAGAUCUACAAAAAAUUAGUGAAUAUCAUGCUUUAACAGAUUACUCUAAAAUUAUUGAACUUAUUGAGUCAAAGAUACUUGAAUCUGAUAAUAUCAAAAAUAAAGAGAAGGUAAAUCUUUUAAAAAUUAUUCAUAGAAUGAGGCCGCCAAAAUCUGUCAAACAUUUGUUAACUAAAAAUGAUAAACAUAAGAUGAAACAUCAUUAUCAAAAACAAGAAAUUGGCCAGGCAAUGGAUAUAGUUUUAAAAAGGUUAGAUGAAAAAGAUCCUGAAACAAGACGUGAAAUUGUUGAUUAUUUUGGAUUAGGAAAACAUGAUCCAAAAAAUAUAGAACUACUGAGAAAUGAAAAAUAA